CCCUAACGCGGCUGGGCGCUCAGGAGGGGAGGAAUUGAAGGGGAGGAAAAGCGAGUCAAGGGAGUUACCUCUACGCUUUUCGAGUUAUGAGAUCGGGCCAUUUUCCAGUCGGCCCUUUUUUAUAUUAAAGGAGUAAACGCAUUGGGAUAAAGAGUAUUUAAAAGGCACCAGUGGACGUUGUCGCCGCUCCGACGUUGAAAUCUCCCGUGCGUGCACAUUUCCUCCGUGUGUUUACUAGUGAUUGAAAGCGUGCCAGCAACGAGGGAAGAGGAGAAGCAAGGAAGGAGGGAUGGUGGACAAUUCCAGUAGCAGCAAGGCACAAAUGCCCAGCAUGUCUCAGGAGGCCAGUGUAGCGAGCGUCUACUCCCAGGGGGGCUCGUACCCCCAGGGGGGCUCCACUGGCGGCAUGAAGCUGGAGGCGGUCAUGGAGCAGCUGCAGCGGCAGCAGCAGGCCCGGCUGGAGAUGGAGCGCAAGGAGCGGCGUCUCCGCGAGGCGCACAUCAUGUACGCCCAGCAGGUCGCCGCGCAGCAGGCCAUCCUGGCCGCCGCCCGUGCCUCGGGGGCCGGCUUCAUGGGCAAGGGGGGCGCCCUGUCGGGGGCCCUGCCCCUCGGGGUGGUGGCCCCGCCGCCCCGGGUGUCCAACCAGAGCAGCGUGGACUCGGAGCGCGAGGACGAGGAGGAGCGGGGGCGGGACUCCAUGGAGGAGGACGAGGAGGAGGAGAUGAUGGAGGCGGACGAGAUCAGCGAGGAGGAGGAGGAGGAGGGGGAGGAGGCGGGGGCACGCGGCGCCAGCGGCCUGGAGUUCCUCCGCAAGCAGACGCUGGCGCUGCAGCAGAGCGCCGUGCGGAGCCUGCCCCCCGUGCGGCCCUUCGUCAGCUACCCCGCCGUGCCCCCCCCCCAGAGGCCGGCAUCGCCCCCCGUGCGGGUGAAGCAGGAGCCCGACGAGAGCCUCUCCCCCGUGGGGCCGCACUCGGCCCCCUCCCCCAACGGGCAGGCGGACUGGAGCUACGACGAGCAGUUCAAACAGAACGGCAGCGCGGGCUGGGCGGACGAGGCGGACAGCAGCCGGGGCCGUGGGGAGGCCUCCAGGGACUUCGCCAAGCUUUACGAGCUGGACAGCGACCCCAACAGGAAGGACUUCCUGGAUGACCUUUUCACGUUCAUGCAGAAAAGAGGAACCCCAGUGAACCGUAUCCCCAUCAUGGCCAAGCAGGUGCUGGACCUGUACAAGCUGUACAAGCUGGUGACGGAGAAGGGCGGCCUGGUGGAGGUGAUCAACAAAAAGAUCUGGAGGGAGAUCACCAAGGGGCUGAACCUACCCACCUCCAUCACCAGCGCCGCCUUCACCCUGCGCACACAGUACAUGAAGUACCUGUACCCGUACGAGUGCGAGCGGAAGGGCCUGAGCUCCCCAGGAGAGCUGCAGGCGGCCAUCGACAGCAACCGGCGCGAGGGCCGGCGCCCAAGCUACAGCAGCAGCCUGUUCCGCUUCUCGCCCUCCCCCAGCACCGCCCCCCACAUCCUCUCCGGUCCCAAGAUGCACUUGUCGGCCCUGGGCAUCGGGGCCUCGGGGGCCCUCAAUGGCCUGCAGUCCUCCGCGGGCCCCUCCCUCAAGAAAGAAGACCUGGCCUCCUCCAUGCUGGGGGUGCGCUCCAACAUGGCGAUGGCGCUGGGCCAGCAGCAGGUAGCCGGCCUGGCCCGCGCGGCCACCCUGGAGCAGCUCCGGGAGAAGCUGGAGACGGGCGGCGGCGAGGGCCCGGAGAGGAAGAUGGCGCGGCUGGCUGAGGAGCAGCAGCGCCUCAUGCAGCAGGCCUUUCAGCACAACCUGCUGGCCAUGGCCUCACAGGUGCCCAUGAACCUGCGGCUGGCAGCGCCCUCAAUCACCACCAGAGGUCCGUCACCACCGCACCACGGCAACGAUGCUGCACGCUGGAACCGGAUGCUGGUUGACAUGCAAACCAGGAGGCAAACUCACACGCGCUCGCUUGUCUCUGCAGAUGAAAAGCCGCAGGACAUGUCUCUGAGCAUCUCGACCAACGGGAACGCCAGCAUCACGGUGUCCGUGGAGGUGAACGGCACACUGUACUCAGGGACUCUGUUCGCCCAGAAGUCUGGGGGACCCGCGGGGCCCACCCUGUCGGCCUCUCCGGUCUCGGCCCCCGGUCCCGGGCCCAGCUCCGGCUUCGUCUUCUCUGCCCCGACGGCCCAGACACUCAGCCCGGCCUCAUCCUCCUCCUCCUCCUCCAAGGGCCCUUGCUCGGCGCCGGCUGCCGGAGGGUCCCCAUGACUCUGGAGGCCCUACGUACCCGUGGCCCAGGCUUCGGAUCCGGGCGGAGGCCCAGCAUGAAUUUACAGUACAUUGAGAAACCGAUAGGAAUCGACAAACUGUUGCACAAUUACCUCAUCAGCCAGUCGACCUCCUGGCCGUCCCGAACCCAGAGCCUGAGAUCUGGGCUACGACGCCGCGCCCCCAUGUGUACAGCAUCUUACUCAGCUCACGGACACAUACACACACCCAUAGACACACACACACACACACACAUAAACACACACACACACACACACACAUAUACACACACCCAUAGACACAAACACACACGCACACACACACAAACACACACACACACACACACACACACACAGUACGCCUACACACAUGUAUUUGUACAUGCUAAACACAAUCAGAGUUCAGCCAAAACCGACUGACAGGUAAACUUACUGAACUUGAAACGUUUUUAUUUUGAGGACAUUUGUUUUGUUUGUUGCCAUUUUGAUGUUUUUAUUUUCUUUUUUUGGAUUUUGUGUUUUUAGAAUUAUUAUUUCAUCUUUUUACAUACCUCAAAUCAUGUUAACCUACAGCGGUUUUCCUCCCUCAGGGGCUGUAGUAUAUUUAACCUGAAUCAACUUUAUUUUUGUAUUCUUUUUUGUUUUUACCUCGCUGCAAUCAGGGGGUAGAGAGAGGCUGCCGGUGGGAACACACGUAUAAUCAACCCCUCCCCCCACCGCAGCCUCCUCCCCCCGCCAUGUUGGAAUAGGGGACAUGAUGCUCGUAAAACCAUGUUGAAUACCUCAUCCCCCCUCCACCCUCCCCUCUCCCCUCCCUCUCCGAGGGGUCAGUGAGUCACCGCUGUACACAAACCGUUUUCCGGUAAAGAUGCAUGUACCCGAUACUGACCCCCCUGCUUCAGGACUCAUCCGUUCCAUCAGAGAUGAAUGGAAUGGUUGAGUCUAGAAGGCCCCCCCCCCCCCAACCCUUCCCUGAAACAA